AUGGAUAGCCAUUUUGGAUGGGGAGGUGUAGUUGAUGGAUGGAGGAAAGGUCCUUGGACAUCUCAAGAAGACAAGCUUCUUUGUGAUUAUGUUAACAUUCAUGGAGAAGGGAGAUGGAACUGUGUGUCCAACAUCACAGGAUUGAGAAGGAGUGGGAAGAGUUGUAGAUUGAGAUGGGUGAACUAUCUUAGGCCAGACUUAAAGAGAGGAAAGAUAACUCCUCAAGAGGAGAACAUCAUCUUAGAGUUGCAUGCAAGAUGGGGAAAUAGGUGGUCAACAAUUGCAAGAAGUCUUCCUGGAAGAACAGACAAUGAAAUCAAGAACUAUUGGAGAACACAUUUCAAGAAAGCCAAGUCUUCAUCAUCAAAAAUUAACCUUCAAAGAUCAAAAUUACCAAAGUCUCUAAUCCAACAAGAUCAAAAUCAUGAAAGAAGAUGAUGAAAUGAUGAAAGAAACAGUGAUAAAUCCACAACAAGUACUACUUGAACAAACAAUGGCAACACAAGACAUAUUGGAAGAUGAUGAUGAUGAGAUGAUGAAAUGCAUAUGCCCUUUUACUAGUUUUGUUCAAGUAAAUGGUGGUUCUACUUCCAUUAAUGAAGAUUGGAAUGAGGAUGAAAACUGGGCUAGAUUGUGGAAUUUAGAGU